CUCGUCCUUCUAGCACUUUGCCCAUUCUUCAAAGACGAACACCACCUUGUAGCAUUCAAACUCACACUACUCUAUCCUAGACUCAAGCUCGAGACACACUCUACUCCCCCAUCACAUCACACAUGGUGCCUCUUCGUGUCGUAGCACGAGCGAGGGCUCCAAGGCUCAUCUCGACCUCGGCCCUCCGCAUCGGCGUUCCAUCAGCAGCAUCAGCGUCACCCACCCCCAUCGCAGGCCCAUCACGAUGCGCAGCAGAGUACCUCGCUUGGCACGCCCGGCCAUCUCUCCACUCUCAGGUCCGCGCCCUGCACUCGUCGCCCCGCUCCUUAAAGGACAAGCGAUGGGUCAACUCGGCGCAGAAGGCACAGGAAGAGGCCGAGGAAGGCGAGGGCGAGGAGGCUGAGGGCGAGACGGCCACCAAGGAGGAGACAUCUGCGACCGAGUCCCCCAAGGGCAAGGACAAGGAUGUCAAGACCAAGGUCGUCGAGGCCGAGGCAUCCGAGACCGCCAAGACGGAGGAGAAGAGCGCCGCCGAGUCCGAGUCCAAGACGAAGCAGGCCGCUUCGACUGCUUCAGCGUCCGGCGUCGCCCCGCCAGAGGGCGUCGCCGCCACCAAGAGCGCUGGCUCGGGCAAGGGCAAGGAGAUUGCCAAGCCCUCCAUCCCCGAAAUCUACCCCCAGGUGCUCGCCCUCCCCAUCACGCGUCGCCCUCUCUUCCCCGGCUUCUACAAGGCCGUGACCAUCACCUCGCCCGCUGUCAUCAAGGCUAUCCGCGAGCUCAUCGCCCACGGUCAGCCCUACAUCGGAGCCUUCCUCCUCAAGGAUUCCGACUCGGACUCGGACGUGAUCACCAGCCUCGACCAGGUGCACCCCGUCGGCGUGUUCGCCCAGAUCACGAGCGUCUUCUCCUCGGCCGACACGAACCGCCAGCAGAACGCCGAGACGGACGAGAGUGGCGAGCCCAAGCCCGAGACUCUGACGGCUGUUCUCUACCCCCAUCGCCGUAUCCACAUCGACGAGCUCGUCGUCGCCGGCCCUCCUGAGCCUCCUACUAUCGAGGGCGAAGCAGCCGAAGCCGCCGCUGUCGAGGCCGCCGUCCCGGAAGCCAAGGAGGAGGCCGAGGUCGCCUCCUUUGAGAAGGAGGUUCCUAGCGUCGAGGAGACGAAGGAAGCCCUCGGCGAGAAUGCCGAGGACGCCGAGGCCAAGGACGAGGACCUCAAGCACCAGUCCCAGAUCGGCUUCCUCCACCCUCUCCUUCCCGAGAUCUCGCUCACCAACGUGUCCAAUCUCGUGCUCGAGCCUCACAAGAAGGACAACCAGGUCAUCCGCGCCAUCAUGGGCGAGAUCCUCGCUGUCUUCAAGGAGAUUGCCCAGCUCCAGCCCAUCUUCCGCGAGCAGAUCGCUUCCUUCACCAUGUCCAACUCGGCUGCCAACGUCUUUGACGAGCCCGACAAGCUUGCCGACUUUGCCGCUGCUGUGUCGACUGGUGACGUUCACGACCUCCAGGCCGUUCUCGAGUCGCUGUCGGUCGAGGACCGUCUUCAGAAGGCGCUCCUGAUCCUCAAGAAGGAGCUCAUCAACGCCCAGCUUCAGAGCAAGAUUUCGCGUGACGUCGAGAGCAAGAUCCAGAAGCGCCAGCGCGAGUACUACCUCAUGGAGCAGCUCAAGGGUAUCAAGAAGGAGCUCGGCAUGGAGAGCGACGGCAAGGACAAGCUCGUCGAGCGCUUCAAGGAGAAGGCCGCCAAACUUGCCAUGCCGGAGGGCGUCAAGAAGGUGUUUGACGAGGAGCUCAACAAGCUCAUGCACCUCGAGCCCGCCGCCAGCGAGUUCAACGUCACCCGCAACUACCUCGACUGGCUCACCCAGAUCCCCUGGGGCGUCCACUCGCCCGAGAACUUCAACAUUGCCCACGCGACCCAGGUUCUCGACGAGGACCACUACGGUCUCAAGGAUGUCAAGGACCGCAUCCUCGAGUUCCUCGCUGUCGGCAAGCUCCGCGGCACCGUCGAGGGCAAGAUCAUCUGUCUUGCCGGUCCCCCCGGUGUUGGUAAGACGUCGAUCGGCAAGAGCAUUGCCCGCGCCCUUGGCCGUCAGUUCUUCCGCUUCUCCGUCGGUGGUCUCACCGAUGUUGCCGAGAUCAAGGGCCACCGUAGGACGUACAUUGGUGCCAUGCCCGGCAAGCCCAUCCAGGCCCUCAAGAAGGUCGCCACUGAGAACCCCCUUAUUCUCAUCGACGAGGUCGACAAGAUUGGCCGUGGCCACAAUGGCGACCCCUCCAGCGCGCUCCUCGAGAUGCUCGACCCCGAGCAGAACACGUCGUUCCUUGACCACUACAUGGACGUUCCCGUCGACCUGUCCCGUGUCCUCUUUGUCUGCACGGCCAACGUCUUGGACACCAUCCCCGCCCCGCUCCUCGACCGUAUGGAGGUUCUCGAGGUCAACGGUUACGUCUCGGCUGAGAAGAUGAACAUUGCCGAGAAGUACCUCUCCCCUCAGGCCAAGGACGCGUCAGGUCUCAAGGACGUCGACAUUGAGAUUGAGCCCGAGGCGAUUGAGACCCUUAUCCGCUGGUACUGCCGCGAGUCUGGUGUCCGUAACCUCAAGAAGCACAUCGACAAGAUUUACCGCAAGGCCGCGUUCAAGAUCGUUGACGACCUCGGCGAGGCAGCGCUCCCUGAGCCCACCGAGCCUGAGAACUCGCGCUCUGUCGAGACCCAGGAGGCGGAUGUCAAGCCCAAGUCUGAGCGCCUGCCUGGAGACGAGGCUGGCAAGGAGCCCGACACUACCCACGUCACCACCAAGGUGCGCGAGCCUCUCACAAUCCCAGAGGGUAUUCACGUCCGUGUGACCAAGGACAACCUCAAGGACUAUGUCGGCCCUCCCGUCUACCACAAGGACCGCCUGUACACCAAGGCGCCACCUGCCGGUGUUAGCACUGGUCUUGGCUACCUUGGCAACGGCUCGGGAUCCGUCAUGCCCAUCGAGGUCACGUCCAUGCCUGGCAAGGGCGGCCUCCAGCUUACCGGCAAGCUGGGCGAGGUCAUUCGCGAGUCGGCCCAGAUCGCCCUCAGCUGGGUCAAGGCCAACGCCUUCCUUCUCGGUAUCACCAAGAGCGAGGCCGACCUGACUGUCAACGACCGGGAUAUCCACUUGCAUAUGCCAGAGGGUGGCAUUGGAAAGGAGGGACCGAGUGCAGGAACCGCCAUUCUUACUGCCUUUGUUUCGCUCUUGACGCGCACCCAGGUCGACCCUGAUGUGGCUAUGACUGGAGAAAUCUCGCUGCACGGCCAGGUUCUUCCUGUCGGUGGUCUCAAGGAGAAGAUCCUUGCUGCCCACCGCGCCGGCAUCAAGAAGCUCGUCGUUCCCGCCGCGUGCAAGUCGGAUAUCGACGAGAACGUGCCCGAGAGUGUCAAGGCAGGCAUCGAGUUUGUCUUUGUCGACGACGUGCGCCAGGUCAUCCACGAGGUCUUCCGCGGCACCGACAUUGCGCAGCGCUGGCUUGAGACGCUGCCAGUCGAUGAGCCUCCCCAACGCGAGACGCACUAGGCAUGGUAUGACAGAGUAAUUUAGAGCGCAGCAGAAGUAGUAGAGAAUCGCACGGCAUAGGGAAGACACAAUCAUCAUGCAUCACUCUUGUAACGC